ACAAAGAAUUGUGUAACAGCUUCUGUUUUGCAUCGAUCUUUGCUUGAAUGAUUAAGCCUUUGUUUCUGCUGUUUACGGCCUGAUCUUUAGAUGUGAAGCAAACACAAUAGUUAGCUUCGCAAAUUGAUGUAGCGUCAGUGUAUAAAACAGAAACAGAUGUGUAGUUUUGUCGGAUCUGAAGUCAGAUACCGCGAAACAAUGUAUUUAUCUCACUGAACUGUUUUUAUAUCUGUUACGUGUGUUUGUUACUUCACGUACAGCUCUCUCAGCAGUUAACGCUAAAGCUACUCUCAUUUUAGUGUGUCAGCAGUUCAACAAGUGCCUCUCCUGCUCUGUUAUGUUUUCAAACCAUAAGUCUCCAUCGUUAAAUUGAAAAUAACCGGAUAAUUUAGUCCUCUUUAUAACUGGGCCACAGUCUAAUAUUUUAUCUCCCAUCUCCAAAAAAAAUACAAUUAAACAGUGUGUCUCUCCUGUUUACCCCUGGUCAGUGCUAAGAAAGGAAAGACUAUCCAUCGAUCAGGCUUAACAUUAUGUCCUCCUGCCUAAUAAUGUGUUGGUCGCCCUUCUGCUGCCUAAACAGCCCUGGCCUGUUGAAGCAUUCCCUCCCCCUAGAACCCUUAGGUGCUGCUGUGAUAUCUGGCACCAAGAUGUUGGCAGCAUAUUCUUUAAAGUCCUGUGACUUUUAUAUCCAGCACAUCCCACAGAGGUUCAGUUGGAUUGAGACCUCGAGAAUUUGGAGGCCUAGUCAACACCUCAAACUCAUUUUUGGGCUCCUGAAAGACUUCCUGAACCAUUUUUAUUUUGUGGCAGGGUACAUCCUUACUGAAGAGGGCGCAACCAUCAGGAAUACCAUUUCUGUGGCAGAGUACACAUUGUCUGGAACAAUGCUUGUAUAGGUAUUGGUGUCAUAGUAGACAUCCACAGGCUUGGCACCAUGGGCGUCCUGACUAGUCUGUGGUUGUGCAACCCAGUAGAUAACGUACUGCAAUGCACUGUGUAUUCUGACACCUCUCUAUCAGAACCAGCAUUAACUUCUCCAGCCAGAAUAAUGUUAUUAGCUCAUCUGUUGGUUCCCUCAAACCACUUUUGAUAGAUACUGACAACUGCACACUGGGAACGCCUCACCCACAGCUGACGUUUUGGAGAUUAUCUGACUUAUUAGUCUAGUCUUUUAUUUUCAAUUUUAUUUCCUUUAUGACACAUAUAGUUUUUAUUAUAUUGGGACACUUCUUGUGCUCCGUAUUUGCCAGUUAAGUGCCUAAAUCCAGGAUGCUGACUUUUUUUUAAGCAGUUAACAGAAGAAAAUACAGUUUGGCAGGAGGCAGCCAAACCUCAAGGGAGCUUUUUUGAGUCGGCCUAUUCCGAUACAAAAGGACCCACAUCUAAAACAAGCAGCUAUGAGCAGCCUGGAUCGACACCACCCACUUUAUUCUAGUUGCCGUGACAAACCAGCAGUCACUGUUGAUUCAUCAGACGUCCACGAGCUCGGCGAGCAGCCUCUCCAGGGGCUAAAAUUGGCAUCACAGACAGUGCUGGACGCAGCCCAGCAGAGAGGCAGGUUAAAGUGCUCUAAAUGCGGAGGAUCAAGGAUGUUCUUCUGCUACACAUGCUGCUCAUUAGUGGGUGUCAACACGCAAGACAUUCCCGUGAUCAAGCUUCCUGUGAAAAUAGAUAUCAUCAAGCAUCCGAAUGAAACAGAUGGGAAGAGCACCGCAGUCCACGCCAAGAUUCUCGCACCCAACGACGUCACAAUGUACACCUAUCCCUGCAUUCCUGAGUUAGAAAAAGACGAGGUGGUUUUGGUGUUCCCAGGCCCGGGGGCUGUUUCAGUUCAGGACAUGAUCCAGUGUUUACGCGAUAGGAGUAACAAUGGGUCGGUGGACCCCUUUGAUGAGCCCUGCGUAAAGAGGCUGAAAAGUGAAGUUCAAACUCCCACACACACUGCCAAGGACCCACAGUCAGGGACCCCAGAUGAAGCAAAGAGCUCAGAGUCUAGGGUAAACCCUUUACGGAGGGUGGUCUUCAUCGACAGCACGUGGAACCAGACCAACAAGAUCAGCACAGAUGAAAGACUCCAAGGUUUGCUCCAGGUGGAACUGAAGACGAGAAAAACAUGUUUCUGGCGGAGCCAGAAAGGCAAACCAAACACUUACCUUGCCACUAUCGAGGCUAUUUACUAUUUCCUCAAAGACUUUCACCAGCACUGCCUGGGUCAGGAGUACAGUGGAGAAUAUGAUAAUCUUCUCUUUUUCUACUCCUACCUGCACUCACUGAUCAACAAAGCUAAAACUUCUGCAGGAAAAUGCUGAUGAAAGCUGUGUGGAAAGAAUUGAUUCAGCUGCAAGUGACUGAGUGGGAGCCUAAGUGAAGAUUCACAUGAAGGCUUUGCAUAUUUGAUCUUAUUUUCAUGGUUUCAACAUUUUAUUUUAUAUCACUUUGCAUAACAAUAUGCAAUAAAAGAAAGGCUUCAAAAUG